UUUUCAUUUAUACAGUUUUCUCUUUUACUUUUACAGAUAAUUAUUGCUUUUUCUAAAUCCGCGGAAGAUUACAAUCUGAGAAUGCAAACAGUGUUGAAUUGAAGCUGUGAAGUCCCUACAAAGCUAUUAAUGCUUUCUUUUCAUUCAAUUCAAUUCAAUUCAAUUCAAGCUCGUGAAGACUAUAAAUUCAAUAAAGUUUACAUUUUUAUAGUCCCACAACAACUCAGAGCUCUUUUUGGUCUCUUUUCAAGAAUCUCAUUCCAAUUGCUCUUCAUCUUCUAAGGGAAAAAGGUGGUUUUUGGAAUCUAGAAAAAUGGGUUUGAUUUCUGGGAUUUUUAUGGGGAUGUUAUUCGGCAUAGCAUUGAUGGCUGGAUGGGCUCGUAUGAUGAGAUACAGAAGUGCCAAGAGAAUUGCAAAGGCGGUUGACAUCAAGCUCCUUGGAUCUCUCAACAGAGAUGAUUUGAAGAAAAUUUGCGGUGAAAAUCUUCCUGAAUGGAUAUCUUUCCCUGAAUAUGAGCAGGUGAAAUGGCUAAACAAGCUCCUGAGCAAACUUUGGCCAUUUGUGGCAGAAGCCGCAACGUUGGUUAUCAGAGAGUCUGUUGAACCUCUAUUGGAAGAGUACCGACCUCCCGGAAUUUCUUCGUUGAAGUUCAGCAAACUGUCACUGGGAAAUGUUGCUCCAAAAGUUGAAGGUAUUCGCGUGCAGAGUCUUACCAAAGGUCAAAUCAUAAUGGACAUAGAUUUCCGUUGGGGUGGUGAUCCGAGUAUUAUUUUGGCCGUUGAAGCCCAUGUUGCAUCGAUCCCUAUUCAGUUGAAGGAUCUAAAAGUUUUCACCAUUAUCCGUGUUAUAUUCCAACUUGCUGAAGAGAUCCCUUGCAUUUCUGCUGUUGUUGUUGCUCUAUUGGCCGAGCCGAAGCCAAAAAUUGAUUAUACUCUGAAAGCUGUUGGUGGAAGCUUAACUGCUCUUCCCGGAGUUUCAGAUAUGAUUGAGGAUACUGUGAACGCAAUUGUUAAUGAUACGCUCCAAUGGCCACAUAGGAUUGUUGUUCCACUCGGCGGUAUCCCUGUUGAUAUCAGUGAACUGGAGCUUAAACCUCAAGGAAGACUUGAAGUGACUGUAGUGAAAGCGACCGAUUUAAAGAAUAAGGAAAUGAUUGGAAAAUCAGAUCCUUACGUAGUUUUGUAUAUUCGACCCUUAUUCAAAGUUAAAACCAAGGUUAUUAAUAACAACUUGAAUCCUGUUUGGGAUCAAACAUUCGAACUGAUUGCAGAAGACAAGGAGACUCAGUCACUGAUUUUCGAGGUUUUUGACGAAGAUAUUGGACAAGAUAAGCGAUUGGGAAUUGUGAAAUUACCUCUUAUUGACCUGGAAGUACAAACCGAAAAGGAGUUUCAAUUGGGACUGCUGUCAUCGCUCGAUACACUCAAGGUUAAAGAUAAGAAAGAUCGAGGAACCUUGACCGUAAAGGUCUUGUAUUACCAGUUUAACAAGGAGGAGCGAUUGGCUGCACUAGAAGCGGAAAAAGCAAUAUUAGAAGAAAGGAAGAAAAUGAAAGCGGCGGGGGUUAUCGGUAGCACAAUGGACGCACUGGACGGAGCAGUGUCGGUGGUCGGAUCUGGUGCUGGACUUGUUGGAAGUGGCCUUGGCGCGGGAGCUGGACUUGUCACGAGUGGUCUUGGAACGUUCACUAGCGGUCUUACCAAGGCAGGAAAGUUUAUGGGAAGAACCAUAACAGGUCAUCAUAGUGGGUCGAGAAGGAGUGGUUCGUCUACUCCAGUUCAUAAUGCAGCGGAAAAUGGCGGCGGUGCAAAGCCUCUAUAGUUCUUGUUUGUAUAUUGUAUAAUAAUGAAGUGAAUGGAAGUUGCAGACUCAUGUUUAAUCUAGUACAGUUGUGUUGUAUCACUUUUAUUUGUAUAUUAUGUUAGACUUUGAUGUGUAACAUUAACAGAUUUUAAACAAUUUUUAAAUGA